UAGAUACAGAAUAAAAGGUUCGGCUGGUGAAAUGUGAGUCCUGGCGCUUUCUCUUUCUCUCCGUCUACACACUGAGUUUAUGCUUUAGCAAUAAACAAGCCUCAGAUGUAGUCCUUUAUAAAUGGAGUUUUUAGCAUUGAACGGCAUGUAGAUUUCCGAUAGUUCAGACAGUGGCUGAGCGACGCGUAAAUACUGGAUGAGCGUAAACAAGACAUCAGCCUGAUCCUUCAACCCGGUGAACCAUUCUGAGGAGCACGGCUGUCGUCCCGCUGGAAACCCAGAGUAACGGGACACUGAAGCGCUGAUGGCGGCGCACACUAUUGAAUUAAACAGAGCCGCUGGACUGGAGGCUUCUCACAGUCUGGGUCAGUCGCCCGCCCCUCUAAACAUGAACCAUUAUGCCAAUAAGAAGAGUGCGGCGGAGAGCAUGCUGGACGUGGCCCUGCUGAUGGCCAACGCGUCGCAGCUGAAAGCCGUGCUGGAGCAGGGGCCCGAAUACUCCCUGUACACGUCCCUCGUCACGCUCAUCAGCCUGUCGCUCUGUCUGCAGGUGUUAGUGGGGAUCUUGCUCAUCUUCAUAGUGAAGUGGAACCUGAACGAUGAGCAGAAACAUCUCCGGCUGAACGUCUUCGAGAACAUCACCACCAGCUGCGUCUUCAUCAUCGUCGUCAUCAACGUCUUCAUCACUGCGUUCGGAGUUCAGCGGCCCAAUCCAGGCCUGCGACAGUAGCUCAAACACGGCUGUAGACUGUGGAUGGAGAGGGAGUGUUUCACACAGCAGACUCUGAUCCUGCAGCAGGAUCUCAAUAAUUCAUCAGUGCGACGCCACUCUCAGUUCUUCUGUUCAUCACACACUCACAUCUCGCCAGGGCUUUUGUGUUCUUUACAGGUUUUACUUCUUUUAACACACUCACACAGAGAGACACACACACACACACACUC